CCCAUGACGCAUUGCUUCAGGGGUUUUCCAAGAUGGCGUCCUACUUGAAGAAAUCCACUGGUCUUGUAGGUUUAGCAGUCUCAAAGGCCCCUAGAGAGUCUUUGAUUCAACUAUAUAACAAAACUCUUGGAGUUCUACAAGAAAUGCCUCAAGAUGCAUCUUACAGAAAACACACAGAACAAAUAACAAACCAGAGACUGACUUUAGUAAAAGAGGAAAGUGAUAUUGAUGCUCUUGAGAAGAAAAUAGGAGCAGGACAAGUAGAAGAGGUUAUUAAACAGGCUGAGGAUGAAUUAGCACUAGCUAAGAAAAUGUUGGUAUGGAAAGCCUGGGAACCAUUGCAGACUGCACCACCUGAAGGGCAAUGGRACUGGCCAUAAGUYGUUUCCCUACCCACUGACAGACAAUAGGAUCAAACAURAUAAUAUGUACAUUAUUCUGUGUUAUAACGAUUACUGACUCUGGGUUACAUGAUCUGUAAUGUAAACUAUUUUAAGAGUCUUAUAUUUGAAAAAAAUUGCGGUGUGAUUAUUUUUUUUCUUAAAAGACAAAUAUGCAAUAAAAUUAUUACAACAUUUC